UGGGCUAUGAAAACAUUGAUCAGGAUGCAUUCCACGGCAACCAUUUCCUUCCUUUUCUUACUUACAGAAAUUACCCUUGUACACCCAACGUGGCCUAUUUCCUUAGAUAAUUUCACUCCAUUUGGUGAAGACAAUGGUGAUAUAUCAAUGUCCAGUCGACUCGAUGCAAUUUCAGACAAAAACAACAUAACGACAGCUUUUCCUUUCUUUGGUCGGAAGUUUACUUCCUUGUAUGUAAGCAGCCAUGGAGUGAUAUCAUUCGAAAAAGUAUUUGCAAGCUACAGGCCAAAACGUUUUCCCCUUGUUGGUAACUUUACUAUAAUCGCUCCAUUCUGGGCAGAUGUUGCAAGAAGAUAUAUAGGUGGCAUUUUUUACAGACAAAACAAUAGCCAAUAUCUACUAGAAGUGGCAUCAAUUGACGUAAGAAAGGCCUUUCCAGGAUUCUCGCGAUUCUCGGCAAUAUGGAUGUUUGUCGCUACUUGGGAGAAAGUACCUUUUUUCGGAAGUUACAACAAUUAUCAUAAUAUGACUAAGAAUAUCACCAACACCUUUCAGGCUGUACUGCUAACCGAUGGCCGCUACUCGUUUGUACGCUUAAACUACCACAACAUUACAUGGACAACAGGAACAACAAGUGGAGGGAACCCAGACAAUGGCCUUGGAGGAAUUGAAGCAGGGUGCGGAUUCAACGCUGGAUUUGGCAAUCAUUCCUACAACGUCACUUUUAAUAAGUAUCGAAGCAUUGGGGUACUGGAUCUUCCUUUCAAAACAAACGUCAACAAAUCAGGAGUGUGGAUGUUCAGGACAGACGAUAUCACAAUACAAGAACCAAAAAGGCGAAUCACGGACGUGGAGGAAGGUCUGUCAUGUGAAUUUUAAUUCAUCAGAAAGAAAAAAGGAAAACGAAAUCAUCGGAAAAUUGAUACGACAUAUUCCUAAAAUAUAGACAGGAUACUUGGACACUUGCAGGAUAUUUCCAUGAAAUAGUCAUGGUUUUACGCUAGCUAUGUAAAUUUCAUGUACUUAUUUACAUGAAAUUUACAGAAUAUUUCCUGGAGUUACAGGUUAAUUACACAGAUGAUGUAAAUUACCUGGAAUUGAUGUAUCACAAUUUAAGUACCGUUUUUUGCGUGCUUCGAUUUGAUUUUAAAUUUUCUCUUGUAAUUCUUGAAUGUAUUCAAUCUGAAAUAACACAACGCACUCUGACUGGCAAGACGAAGGUGAAGUAAAAAAAAUGAAAAGAAAAAAAAGAAAAAUGAGAAUUGAAAAAAGGCCGACAACAAACCAUUAGCAGUCUUAAAGGUGAGUACAAAGUUGAAAGCAAGUUUUAAGUACUAAAUAAAAUGUCGUGUUAUCAGGGUUUUUUUUUUAAUCUAAAAAUUUGGAGUUUUACAAAUUGCGUAUUUUUCUCAUUACUGAUUCACAUGAUACUUAGAGACAAUUUCCAUAAUUUUUACAGCUGUUUAAUGAAGUUUGCAUAUUAUGUAAUUUUCCUGUAAUUGUUUAAAUGAGAUUUGCAGAAAUUUUAAAUUCUAUUUGCAGGAUUUUUGGAGAUGAUGUAAAUAUCGGGACUGUUGAACUGACCUGAAAAGUUGAUUACGACAAUUUAAAUUUCAAUGAUGCAAGCCAUGAGGCUGAAUCAAGGCGAAUCUGCCAAAGCAAUAUCCAGUGUCUAAUCGAUGCUAUAGCAACCGGACAGCCAAGCCUUUACGUUGAUGUCCCGAAACGUCACAAAUUAGUUCAAACAAACUUUGAGUAUAACCAGAAGCGAGAAUAGGUGAGCAUGAUUUGAAGUUGUGUGAUGAUAUGGGUAUAAAAAUAACAUGUAAUUAUUUCGGAAAAUCAGGUCUAGAGGAAAAAUCUUCAAUCUACAAAUUUUACAGUUCUUAUCACUAUCUAAAAAAGGCAAUCGAGCUUGCACUGUUGAAAAUUUAUACAUGGUUGUCUAAAGAUAGUCAAUUCGAGGGCUGCGAUGAAUUUUGGUUUCCAUGUUAAUUUUUUCAGUUUACGUGAUUUUCGCUUUGUCUGAUAUCUCUAACUCUUAUUUCGUCCCGUUCACGUGAUUCAAUCCCAACCAGUAAGACAAAAGAAAGAACAACUUUGACACUUUUGGUAUAUUAUCAUACAAAUAAUUUCGAUUUCAUACUUGCUGUCAAUCUUUGGCAUUUUGUAUGAUUUCUAUUGAAACAAUUCAAACGGCCGCUUUAUUAUAGGACAAACAGUUAAGUGUAGACAAGGCUCUAGUUUGUCGAAGCAAGAAUUUUAGACUAAAUGCACAGACAUUUGAUAAUAUGGCAAUGAUAACAAUAAUGCCCAUUCUUUUUGUACUUAUACAAAUUAUUCUCCAUUCGUCUGCGUCGACUAUCGCCUUGGAUGACUUAUUUGGUGAAGAUAAAGGAGGUAUUUUGUUGCGUCUAGGAGAUGAUUACAGCUCAGACAAAAUCAUGAUUUCAACAGCUUUUCCUUUCUUUAGUCGGAAUUUCACCACGUUGUAUGUAAGUAAAAACGAAUUAAGUAUAGUCUGUGUGAAUCAGCAUGUUACGAGGACCGCACGUGUGACGAGCCAGUCUGAUUUCAAUACUAAACAAUUAAAUCUAGAGACGGUAUAGUACGGAUUAGACUGAUUCCAUAAGUCGUAGUAUUCGCUCCUCGAUUUUUCGGUUUGUUGCUAAAAAAAAAGGAAAAAAAAGAGCGACCUGACAGACUGGUGGAAUCAGUCUAAGUAAGGAUAAAAUGUCUCGUCAAAAAACAGUUAUAUCCAUUUUUUGUGCAUAGUCAAUAUCCCUUUUUCUCUGUAUUUAUAUAUACGAACAGUUUAUUAUUUUUAAAAGCAUUCUAUAUUAUUAAAACAAUCAGUUAGUCCCGUGCAAUAACUCAACCUUAAUUCGUCAGUAAUAAUUUUCAGAACGAAAAUCUCGCCACAGACUCAGCUUUGAAAGAUUUCAUGUUGGUGAUCUAUGAAAGAUAAUAUUGCAAAAUAUACCUGAAAUUUGGUUCCGCUAUAGUGGGUAAGUAACGACACUUAUUCCAUUCAGACGUUUUAUUUCUGUGAUUUUUCAUCAAAUUUCCUUAAUCAUAUCCAAAAUAACUCUUAGAUUUUCACUGAAAUGCUAUUUAUAUUACUGAUGACACAAAGUAUAAGGAAGUCGUCUAUAUUUGAGCGCAACCACACGUACGGAAAGUGAAACAUCACGUCUUUGUACCUUAUGUUUCUGUUAGUGGUAUAUUGAUAAUUAGUCAAAUUAACAUCAUACCGUGUCGGUGCCGGAUCCAGAAUUUUUAUAUUUUCUAUAAAGCUUAAACCGAAGGAUUAAUAUGGAUAAGUUGGAUUGAAAUACCGAAAAUAAAAAGGCUAAGACAACAUUCGUUAGUCUCACUCGUAACAUUUGAAAUACAAUCCUAAGAUCAUGAGAACAUACUGAUGAGAUUGUAAGCUAACGGAGAGAUAUGACGCCUGAAAAUAAGAUUUUACCGUUUUCACUCGCUUUAAACUACCAUGCUACGGUGUAUCAACCUUCCAAGCAAAGUCUGUGGGAUAUAUAUCUAAUUUUCAAUCAGUUGUAGCAAUUAAAACACUUUUAUUGCAGGGACUUCUUUAGAAGUUCUUUAGAGCUUUUAAAAUCUUUAAAAUCAGUAAACAAAGUGCAAAUUGUUAAAAAGUACCACUUCUGUUAAAAAUGUCAAGUCGUAAACAUUUGAUUAAAUCUGUCAACGCCCUGUGCUAUAUUUCAUUGAAUUUAUUUAUUUAUUUAUUUAUUUUUUGCAAAUAAAGAAAUCAAAGAAAUAUGGAUUCAUCUGGGUCUCAAGGGCCCGUUUCCUUAAAAUUCUAUUUGUUUUGAUUAUAAUUAUAAUUAUAAUAAUAUUUGAUUCAUCGUAUCGUUCCGAAUUUGUCUACACAAUCAAUCUUCGAGCUCUGUUGCCUGACGGCUUGAUGUAUUGAUAUUCUCAAACAUAAGAGUAAUGUUCUCUUAUAUUCUUAUAUUUUGAACCAAAAUUUCUGACUCCCAAGCAAAAUUCGACCAGUUUCUAUGUGUAAAUUAAACCUAUGCUUGUCAAACUUUUGACUUUCACGGAGUUUAGAAAAAUAUUGUGUUUUCCUUCAUAGCAGUACCGUUUAAGGGAAAGGGUUUCGUAAUCAGGAUUCAUUGAAAAAAGUUUCGCUAUUGUUUCUGAGGAUCUAAAAUGUAUAGUUUAGUGCGGACAACUACAUGCUAUUGUAAUGUAAAUUGCAAGUAACAUUACCACAUUUAAGAGGUAAGUAAAUUACUUUCAUGUAGGACAACUGCUUAACUACAGCUUGAGUUUCUAAAGCUCCAGACAAACUAUCUAUCUGAAGUAAUGCCCAGGAAUCCGUAUCGACUGAUUACCGCCCAGUAUUGUAAGUUGGACCACCUAAAUCAGUUAAAUUGCUUUGCAAUGUUAUUUUUUGUACUACAACACCCGUUUGCAAAAAGAUAGAAAAAUAAUUAAUAAUGAUAAUUGUUUUAUUUAAUACUAUUUUCAAAGUCUAAACUUUCAUUUCAAAUUUAUUCUGCUGAACCAAUUAAGGUAUUUGAUGCAAGACAAUAAUGAAAGAUCACGAUGAAAGAUCACACUAUCAAAAUGAAAGAUCAAAAUCUAAAAUAGAAGCUUUGAAUCAUAUUUUGAAUGGAAUAUUAAUAUAUUUUUUAUAAAUAUUUACCUAUUGUAUUGUAUUGCAUUUUUUCUAGAAGUUUAGUUAAUUAGCAGAGCGAUUCUGAAUUCUGUAUGGGCAUUGACCAAAUAAGGUAAUAAAUCAAUGUUCAAUUCCAAAUAGCUAGGAGACUGGGCUCUACCCUACCACCAUAUAUCUCUGAAUACAGCAUUGAAUCAAUCAGUUGGGCUAUCAAAAGCGUUGGUCAACAUGAGAACUUGAUGACAUUUCUUUUCAUAAUUAGUGUUUUACCUGACUCUAUUGCCUUUAUUUCAUCUGGUGAAGACAGCGGCGAUGAAUCACUGUCAGACUAACCACAAAGGGUGAUAAUCUGAGACAACGUAAUAAUCCACAACUUAUCCCUUAUCUUAUCCCGCAUUGUAACCGCAUUGUUAAGUCCCUUCUUAUUUCAUCUCAUGUAGAACUAUACUCAAGGCCAGGAAGUUACAUUUCUCCUUGGCGUCCUAAGGCUAUCUAGUGUGUCUUUGUGCAAUUUAAAGUAGAUCUUCAUUUUCAAAAUGCCAAAUCGGUUAUUUAAUGUUUGACUCAUAAUUUUGUCGUAUUUCUGGAGUCGAUUCUAUUUGCUUUUCGAUUCUCCCUCCACAAAUAGACCAUAAUUACUAAUACCCUAUUUUGACCCUUUUCUUUUAUAUGUGACCAUUUUUGUCUCAGCGAAAUGCGACGUCCAACUUAUUUUGAUGACAACAACAAUUUGGAACUCUCCUGUUGAAAACUGAUCAGUUCAGUGCUUAAUCCAUGGUUGACGGGCCGCAUUGCUGUAGAGUCUUUGGAGAAGGCAGAUUGGAAACCUUUUUUUGGAUUUGAUAUCCUCUUGAGCACUUCUCACACAAUAUUUGCACAUAUACAUAAUAUCAAUCACGUAACAUCAAAUCAAGCCCAGGGCGGUCAGGUUGUUCGUUAUUGCUCGAUUAGUGCUAAUCCUGGCUUAAGUGUUAAACACAUUCUAUGGAGUCAUGAUUAACGCUCAUUGGCCUUUCAACAAUCCGGCGUCCAGGUGGACUAUGCAAGCAUUAUUAACAACCAUCUUCUUUGUUUUCACACAUAUAGAAAUUCUCUCAUCAUCGUCUAUUGACUUGGAUAACCUCAUUCUAUUUGGCAAAAACAACGGUGAUAUAUUGUUACCUCCAGGAGACGACUAUGAGAGUUCAGGCAAAAUCGAUAUUACGACACCUUUUCCUUUUUUCGGUCAGAAUUUUACUUCCUUAUAUGUGACCAUCAAUGGACUAAUAUCAUUCCAGAAAUUAUUUGUAAGUUUUAAGCCUAAACCGUUUCCUCUUCGUGGUCGUGCUAUAAUUGCUCCAUUCUGGGCUGAUGUUGAUACAACUAAGGGAGGUGCUAUUUGGUACAGACAAAACACAACCACGCACUUAUUAGAAGUGGCAUCACUCGACGUAAGAAAGGCUUUCCCAGACUUCCAACGAUUCUCUGCAAUAUGGAUGUUUGUUGCAACAUGGGAGAAAGUACCAUUUUUUGAAAACAAGAAUGAGAAUAUCACCAACACCUUCCAGACGGCAUUGCUAACCGAUGGCCGUCACUCGUUCGUUCGUUUUAACUACCACAACAUCAAAUGGACUUCAGCGAAAUCAAGCGGAGGAAACCCCAACAGCGGCCUUGGUGGAACUGAAGCAGUGUGUGGGUUCAACGCUGGAUUUGGUAACUAUUUCUACGACAUAACUCGUAAUGGCUAUAGAAACAUUAGUGUAUUGGAUGUCGCUGUCGAAUCAAAUGUCAACAAAUCACGAGUAUGGUUGUUCAGGACAGACGACAUCACAAUACAAGAGGCAAAUUGAUCCCGUCAUCCCGGCCAUACGUUUCAGUAAACGUACCAAAAUUAAUGAGAUAAAACUUUAAACAGCCAUUCCAUAGUAUGUUAAAUUGUUUUGUUUUUGCCUUUUAAUUUACGGCUGUAUGAUUAUUUUGAAGCUCGAAAUAAAGACUUUCUUAUCUUUAA